AUGUCUACGCCACUAGACCAGCAGCAGCAACAACCACCACCCAUGGAUGUGACCCAGCAAGCCUACACAGCCCACACGGGUCACGGGUCGAUUGGACCAGUGAUAGCAGUUCUAGCAGUCAUCACCAUCCUAGGAGUCAUAGCCGGCAUGAUUGGUCGCCUCUGUUCGGGUCGUCGUGUCAUGGGUAAUGGGCAAUAUGAUUUUGAGGGUUGGGUAGAGAGAAAAUGCUCUUCUUGUCUGGACGGCCCGGUCGACGCACCUGCAGCUCGAGGAGCAGAUAUUCCAGUAGCAGAGCCGGUGGAGGAACAAGGACCACAAGAAGAGCAAGUACAAAAUAAACAUAAAUCACAUGCAAGUACUACUGAAUCUUGA